AUUCAUAUCUUUAAAUCUCAAAUCUCCUAUCUCCUUAUUCAUUCAAACAACCCUUCUCCGACGAAAAAAAUGGUGACCGUUGAGGAAGUCCGAAAGUCUCAAAGAGCCGAGGGCCCUGCCACCGUCUUAGCCAUUGGAACCGCCACUCCACCUAACUGCGUGGACCAAAGCGCUUAUCCCGAUUACUAUUUCCGCAUUACCGACAGCGAACAUAAGACCGAGCUCAAAGAGAAGUUCAAGCGCAUGUGCGAGAAAUCAAUGAUUAAGAAGCGUUACAUGUACUUGACCGAGGAAAUUCUAAAGGAAAACCCGAGUGUAUGUGCCUACGAGGCUCCAUCGCUCGACGCCCGCCAGGACAUGGUGGUCGUCGAGGUCCCGAGGCUCGGGAAAGAAGCCGCGGUGAAAGCUAUUAAGGAAUGGGGUCAACCCAAGUCUAAGAUCACCCAUUUGGUCUUUUGCACCACAAGUGGUGUUGACAUGCCCGGGGCAGACUACCAAUUGACCAAGCUCCUCGGACUCCGACCCUCGGUCAAACGUUUGAUGAUGUACCAACAAGGUUGUUUCGCAGGUGGAACGGUCCUUCGUUUAGCUAAGGACUUAGCCGAGAACAACAAGGGUGCUCGGGUUCUAGUGGUUUGCUCUGAAAUAACUGCAGUCACUUUCCGUGGGCCAAGUGAGAGCCAUCUUGAUAGUUUAGUGGGCCAGGCCCUAUUUGGAGAUGGUGCUGCUGCAGUCAUUCUUGGUUCUGACCCAAUUCCUGAUGUUGAAAAGCCUUUGUUUGAAUUAGUUUCGGCAGCCCAAACUAUUCUACCGGACUCUGAUGGGGCCAUUGAUGGACAUCUUCGUGAAGUGGGCCUAACAUUUCAUCUUUUAAAGGAUGUUCCUGGGCUUAUCUCAAAGAAUAUUGAGAAAAGUCUUGUGGAGGCAUUUAAGCCAAUUGGGAUAUCAGAUUGGAAUUCAAUCUUUUGGAUUGCUCAUCCAGGUGGGCCUGCUAUAUUGGACCAAGUUGAGCUCAAGCUCGCGUUAAAGCCCGAUAAAUUACGGGCCACUAGACAGGUUUUGAGUGACUACGGAAAUAUGUCGAGUGCUUGUGUCUUGUUUAUACUCGACGAGAUGAGGAGGAAGUCGGUUGAGGAAGGGAAGAAAUUGACCGGGGAUGGACUCGAAUGGGGUGUUCUUUUUGGGUUUGGACCGGGCCUGACUGUUGAGACUGUGGUUCUACACAGUGUUGGUAUUUGAAUUAAGUGCAUUUAUCUAUUUUGGGCUUUGUUUGUUGGUUAUGGGCUUUCAUGGGCCGCCACUACCACCCACGCGUAUCUUUUUUAUUUACUUAAUUGCCUAUCACGUUUGUUUGUUAUUGUAAUGGCUUUAAAUAUUUGCAAUAAUAUUAAAUAAAUGAUUUCGUUUGGUUAUU